AUGGUUGCGAUACCCACCUAUCUUUUGGCCGCUUCGGCGGCCUCACAGAUCAAGUCGAGAUCACCAGAGCCGGCUGUCGAAUCACAAGACUCGGCAGGGUUCUAUGGCUCAGUGAUAGGUCCUGUAGUCGGCGGCAACUUCCCUGAUCCCGCAGUCAUCUACGAUGCUGGUACUUCAUACGCUUACUCGACGAACUCUGCGGGUGUGCACAUUCCCAUGGCGUCUUCUCAAGACAACGCUUCCUGGUCCGUCAUGACUGGUCAUGAUGCCCUACCGAGCCUCGGACCAUGGGAAACCGACGGCCAAAUCUGGGCCCCUGAUGUUAUCCGUACUGACUCUGGAUUUGUGCUGUACUACGCCGCCGCCACAAAGGCCAGCAACGGCCAAUACCACUGCAUCGGCGUUGCCACGAGCGAGGACCCUACGGGCCCCUUCGCCCCUCAAGAUCAGCCACUCAUCUGCCCCGAUGGCCCUUCCACAGGGGGCGCUAUCGAUCCGGAUGGGUUCCAGGACAGCGACGGCAAACGCUACAUUGCCUACAAGCUCGAUGGCAACGCAAAUGGCAACGGCGGCAACUGCAACAACGGCAUCGCCCCUUUCCAAAACACGCCCAUCAUGUUGCAGGAAGUCGAUCAAGACGGCGUGACGCUCAUCGGCGGUCCUACACAGAUUCUGGAUCGUGACGAGGCAGACGGCCCGCUCGUCGAGGCGCCCUCGCUGCACCGAUCUGACGAGGGUAUUUACUUUCUUUUCUUCGCUAGCAACUGCUUUUCUUCGCCGCAGUAUGCUACCUCGUACGCCACCGCCACGUCCGUCGGUGGACCCUACACCAAGGCUGCGCGUCCGUUGCUGGUGACGGGCGAUGGGCCUGACGUCUACGGCCCCGGUGGCCUCGACAUCAUGGCCGGCGGCAACUUGGUCAGCUUUCACGGCAUCUUGGGCCAGAGUGCGUCGCCUGCGAGGGCGGACGUUGGCGGUACCCAGGGUCCUUUGGUCAGGGGGAUGUAUACGGGGCAGAUGACGUUUGGUGGACGGGAGGUGAGCUUCCAGGUCUCAUCGUAA